CGCGCUGAUUGGUGAAUGCUGCACAUAAACCCGGAGGUGGAGCUUCCGUACGGGCAGGGGUGGGUGGGGGCUGCGGGCAGGCGGUUCCUUUUCGGGCGGGAAAUCCCAGGAUUUCCGGAACAUUCCCGGAAUCCCGCCAUGGCUCCCUCACGCAGCCGCUCCACCCAAAUCCCGCCGUGCAUUCCCAAGCGCCAGCUCCCGCCGGGAUAUUCGGAUUCCCUCCUCUUCCUCUGCGCCCGCCGCAUCGUGGCCCACCACCCCCUCCCCAUCCUGCCCGCGCUUCCCGCCCACCUCUAUCCCAUCCUUUUCCAAGCGGCUUUCCUGGACGGGAGACCCCUGGUGCUGCGGGAUUUGGUCACGGCUUGGCCUUUCCCGGUGCUCAACUUCCAGCGCCUCGUGGGGCGCCGGGAGCUGCUGCGGGAUCACCCCUGCAAGCUCUGCGUGCAGGCCGUCAUCCUGGCCGUGGUGGCGCAGCUCCGGCGGCAGCUGGAAGAGCCCAGCCACGAUUCCAGCGCGUGCCGCCUGCGCGUCCUGGACGUGACGGGAGUUCCGGACGAUCCGGCCGGCCGCGCUCCGGACGGGAUGAGCGUCUGGUCCGGCACCGUGGCUUUGGCCAAGGCUUGCGUGGAGGUGUCCAAGCACCAGCGGGAAUUCCAGAGGCGCGGAUCCAAGCGGCACAAAGGCCGCUCCGGAGCCGCCACGGCCGCGGCCGCCCCGCAGCCCCCGGGCGUGGACGUCCACGCCGACCUGUUUGUCAACGGGACGUCCUACGGGAUCCUGCGCGACGCGCUGCAGACCGCGGCCGCCGGCCCGCUGCGCCUCAAGUGCCGCGAGUUCCAGGCGGAAAAGCUCUCCCUGGCGGGGAUCGUCAGCCUGCUGGAAUCCAUGGAUCCCUCCUGCGUGAGGAGGGUGGAUCUGCGCUUCCGGAAUUUGGGGUUGACCGGGCUCUCGGUGAUCCUGCCGCACCUCUCGCGCUUCCCGGAGCUGCGCAGCCUCAAGCUCCAGUACAGCAACGUGGACGUGCGGCGCCCCACGCCGGAAUCGGCCAUCGGGAUCCGCUGCCUGGCCGGGCAGCUGGGAAUGCUGCCCAGCCUGCGCGAGCUCAACCUGGGCUCCUCCCGCCUCUCCGGGAACCUGCGCCAGAUCCUCUGCGACCUCCAGGCUCCCUUGGAAAGCUUGGAAUUGGCCUUCUGCUCCCUCGUUCCCGCCGACCUCGCCUUCCUCUCCCAAAGCUUCCACGCUCCGGCCCUCAAGAGGUUGGACCUCAGCGGCCACGACUUCUCCCAGGGCCUCCUGGAGCCGCUGCGGCUGCUCCUGGAGGAGACCUCGGCCUCGCUGCUGCACCUGGAUCUCAUGGAAUGCCGCAUGGCCGACUCCCACCUGGACGCGCUGCUGCCGACGCUGCGCCGCUGCUCCCGCCUGCGCUUCCUGGGACUCUACGGCAACUCCCUGUCCACGGCCGCGCUCAAGGAUCUGCUCCAGAAAACCCUGGAGCUGCCCGACCUCCACCUGGUCGUUUAUCCCUUCCCCGUGGAUUGCUACAAGCCGGAGCCGCCGCGCCGAGUCCCGGGAUCCCGACGGAUUUACGAGGAGCCCAUGGACGGGCAGCUGUUGGCGGCGGCCACCGCGGAGAUUUCGCAGCUCCUGAAGAAUUCCGGGAGGACCGACCUCGUCUGGACUUACAACCCCUACGGCCACGGAGCCCUGGACUACUUCUCCUUGUGACUCGGGAAAAGCUCGGAGCCGGGAAAAGCUCGGAGCCGGGAAAAGCUCGGAGCCUCCACGGCGGGAAAGCGCCGCCUCCUCUUUCCUGAACCCCCGGCGCUUUCCGUCUCGUCCCGGUGCUUUUCCUCCUCAUUCCGGUGGUUUUUUGCCCUUGAUUUCGGUGCUUUUCCGCCUGGUUUCAGUAUUUUUCCAGUUCGUCCCGCUGGUUUUCCGCCCUAUCCCGCCAUUUUUCCCUGAUUUCGUAGUUUUCUGCCACCUUUUGAGUUUUUCCUCCCCAUCCCGAUAGUUUCCCCCUCGUCCCGAUAUUUUCCCCCCUCAUCCCGACAUUUCCUCCCUCAUCCUGGUAUUUUUCCUCCUCAUCCCGGUAUUUUUUCCUCAUUUCAUUCUUUUUCCAGCCCAUCCCAAGGUUUUUCCAUUAGGACUGGCUUUGCACGGCCGAAUUCCGGGAGGCUCCGGGGGCUGGAUUUCAUGGGAAGCUGCCGGAAGCUUCUCCCGUGUCCAGGAACGGCAGCACCGCCUCUGGAAUAAGAAUUAAGUCGGAAGAAACCAAUCACGGCACAGAUGGAAUUCCGUAGCGGGAAUAUUUUGGAAAGGAACGACUCCGGAGAUGAUUCCAAGGUGCUGGAGUGGAAAUUCCCAAAAUUCCGUGGCGCGUCCGACAGGAAGCUCAUCCUGGAGCGGGAUCCUAGCAGGGAUCCAUGGAAAAAGGAGCAGAUUCCUGGCAGGAAUCCCACAGAGGAAAAAGCCUUUGGAGCAGGAUAUUCCCAAAGCUUUGACUCCUUGGAAAAGUCCAUGAGGAAUUGUCUUCCACAGGAAUGAGGCGUUGGAGAAAUCCAUGGAAAACUCUUGCUGUGGGAUGGAUUUGAGUUGGAAAAAUCAUGGAAAACUCACCUUGGGAUGGAUUCAUGGAGAAAUCCAUGGAAAACUCACCUUGGAUGGAUUAGUGUUGGAAAAAUCAUGGAAAACUCACCUU